GCGCUGGUCUGUGUGAGAGGGCUGUGGGCGCAGAGCUGAGCUGGCUUUAGCGCUAUCACGUGGCUUUAAGGGCGGGGCUAUGCCAAUAAGGCUCUUAGAAAGUAGUAGGGGGUUACAGUAGGCGCACUGUCUGGAUGUUUGAGUCCAGCAUCGGCAUCGUGGCUGCCCCUCGGAAGCAGACAGGGGCGUUGACAUGUCAGUAAGGUGCCCAGGUGUACAAGAGGCGGGGCCUUUUGAACCGCCCCUGUAUUAAGCUGCUCGGGCGAUGCACUGCGUACUUGUCUCCUUCUUUACCGGUCUGAGCAGAUCAGGACUCCUUGCACCAUGAGCAUCAUCUACCACCGCCCGGGGAGUCUGAACUUUAGCAGCCGCUCCCAGGGCUCCCUUCCUAAUCGAAGCUCCCUGUACCGGGCUAGUUCGGGGGGCUUCCAGCCGGGCCUUUACCGGGGAUCAUCCUCCAGUGCCUUCUCCAACUCCCCGCUUUCCGCCUCGCCCGCUUUCCUCCUCUCCUCUCUGCCCAGCUUGGAGAUCGACCCGAAGCUGCACCAGAUCCGCACGGAGGAGAAGGAGCAGAUCAAGGGGCUCAACAACCAGUUCGCCUCCUUCAUCGACAAGGUGCGUAAGCUAGAGCAGCAGAACAAAGUGCUGGAGACGCAGCUGAAGCUUUUGAAGGGCAAAGACCAGUACAAAUCCAACGUGGGACGCAUCAUGGCAGCCCACAGCCAGCCCCUGAAGCUGCAGAUUGAUGCACUGAAUCAAGAUAAGAUGAAGCUGCAAAAUGAGCUGGACCACAUGCAGGCUCUUCUGGAGGAAUUGAAGAGCAGAUAUGAAGAUGAGAUCAAUCGGCGUAACCAACUGGAAAAUGAGUUUGUGGUGACCAAGAAGGACCUGGAUGACAUCUACUUGCAGAAAGUGGAUGUUGAGUCCAAGCUAGAGGGUAUCACCAGUGAAAUCAAGUAUCUCAAGCAACUUUUUGAGGAGGAGAUCCAGGAGAUGCAGUCUCAGGUCCAAAAUGCAAUGGUCACUGUGGAGAUGGACAAUAGCCGAGAGUUGGAGAUGAAGCACAUAAUUGAUGAGGUGAAGGAGCAGUAUCAGGCUAUGGCUGCCAAAAGCCGUGAUGAGGCUGAGCAGUGGUACAAGAACAAGUUUGAUGACAUGGCAAGGCAGUCCCAGAAGCACUAUGAUGAACUGAAAGGCAUCAAGGGGCAGAUUGCUGAGCUCACUCGCUAUGCCCAACGUGUUAAUGCAGAAAUUGAGGCAUUGAAGAACCAGCGAGCCAAUCUGGAGAAUGCCGUCACAGUGGCUGAAGAGGAAGGGGAGCAGGCCGUGCAAAAUGCCAAGGGUGCCAUCCAAGACCUGGAGGAGGCCCUGAAGCGGGCCAAGCAUGACAUGGCCUGCAGGGUGCGAGAAUACCAAGAACUAAUGAACAUCAAGUUGGCCCUUGAUAUGGAAAUCGCCACCUACAGGAAGCUUCUGGAAGGAGAAGAGAACCGCCGUGGUCCUAAAGUGGCAGAAACCUUGUCCCUUCUGGAAUGUGGGCAUCCUGGACUGGUGGGGAAUUAUCCAAACAUGGAGUGGGGAAGAAUAGCAAGGAUCCCAGAGCUUGCACAGCAGCAAACAGUGGGACAGUAUUCAGGGCAAACGGACAGAUGGAGCAACUGACCAUCUUGCUGAUGGAGGAAUGCCGAGCUGCCUGAAUCCUCUUCCUUCCUUCCUGAACCCUAUAACGUGUUUUUCUCUUCGGUCAGGAUGGUUGGCCAGGCUCCAAAUCUUCAUCAAGUUAGUGCUAUUGACAAACUGGAUUUCUAAACCCAUCCAUUGCUUAUGCAGCUGGGCUCCUGACACAGGGGAUGGCAUUGCCCUCCCAGAACAGGACCCCUGGAAACUCCUUUGCCAUCAACAGCUCAGUGAAGAGGCCCUUGCUGAUCAAAACCAUCGAGACCAAGGACGGGAAGAUCCUCUCAGAGGCCAGCCACUUCUCGGAGAAGUAGCUGUAGCAGGGCAAGGAGCAGUUGGGCUGGGUAGUUUAAGAAUAAAAGCCUCUAACUCA